UUCUUCCAUUUCCGUAUUAGAGUCUGAUAGUCAUAGUUGUUCCCGUUCCAUUGUAGUAGAAAGUAGAAAGUAGAAACUUUACCCUAGAUUAGUCGAGAUCUAGUUGUUCGCUGUGACGUUAGAAACCCUAAUUUUGAGGGAGCUGUGAGAAGUCUGAUGUUGUGCUACUAAGUCACAGAGUACUCUGUCAGGAUUCAUUUGAAGGGUUUUUGAGGUGUGUAUAGAAUAAUGGAAGCCCUGGUUGUUGACGCUGGCUCGAAGCUCCUGAAAGCAGGAGCAGCGAUUCCUGACCAGUCCCCUGCAAUGAUAAUUCCAUCUCAAAUGAAACGAAUGGUUGAUGAUGGGUCUUCUUCAGCUGAUAUCUCAACAACUGUUUUUGAGGAUGUCACUCUUGACCCUAUUGAAAGGGGGCUUAUCAAAGAUUGGGAUGCUAUGGAGGAUCUAUUGCGAUAUGUUGUCUACACUGGCCUUGGAUGGGAGGAGGGAAACGAAGGCAAUAUACUUUUCACAGAUCCAUUAUGUACUCCCAAGGCUAUUAGGGAGCAAUUGGUGCAAUUGAUGUUUGAAACUUUCAAUGUCUCUGGAUUUUAUGCAUCAGAGCAGGCAGUGUUAUCCCUUUAUGCUGUUGGACGGAUCUCCGGUUGCACUGUUGAUAUUGGUCAUGGGAAGAUAGAUAUUGCUCCAGUUCUUGAAGGUGCUGUGCAGCACAUUGCCUCGAAAAGGUUUGAGCUCGGUGGAACCGAACUAACAAAAUUAUUGGCCCAAGAGCUUGGAAAGUCCAACCCGUCAAUCAAUCUCAGCAUGUCUGAUGUUGAAAAACUGAAGGAGCAGUAUGCAAACUGUGCUGAGGACGAGAUUGCUUACGACAAAACCAAAUACUGUGAAAUCGAGCAGCAUACACUUCCUGAUGGACAGGUGAUAAACAUUGGGCGAGAAAGAUACUCUGUUGGUGAAUCUCUGUUUCAGCCAUCGAUAUUGGGAUUAGAGGAGCACGGAAUCGUUGAACAGCUUGUCCGGAUUAUCUCCACAGUCUCAUCUGAGAACCACCGUCAACUCUUGGAGAACACUGUACUUUGUGGUGGUACAACCUCCAUGACAGGAUUCGAAAGCAGAUUUCAGAAAGAAGCAAACUUGUGCUCAUCUGCAAUCAGGCCAACGCUGGUGAAACCGCCUGACUAUAUGCCAGAGAAUUUGGGGAUGUAUUCGGCUUGGGUAGGAGGAGCAAUACUAGCCAAAGUGGUGUUUCCACAGAAUCAGCAUGUUACUAAAGCUGACUACGACGAGACUGGACCAUCGGUGGUUCACCGGAAAUGCUUCUGAUCCCCGAAUAGACCAAAACGUUUGUAGUUGUGUUGUAGCUAAGGAUUGUUUUGUGUUUUUGCUAUAUGUCUAGGUUUAUCCCUUAUCAUUUAGACACAUCCGAAUCAAUCUAUGUACUUUUAAGCAGCUUACAGAUUUGAAGAUGUGGACCAGUUUAAGUACUGAUUGCCUUGUAAGCUUAUAA